UUUAUCGACAUGGCUCCGCCGACCUUCAAGCCUGCGCUGGUGGAGCAACUCUUCCAGUCCGCGUGGGCGGCUAAUGCGGCCAGCGCGGCCGAGACUGUGGCUAGUGAUAGCAGCGAGGAGGAGGAGCUAUUUGAUUCCGCCCCAUUGGUCAGUGCAGCAGCUGCCGCCUCCCGGGUACGCAAGAUCCAUACAGACGCAGUGAAGCUCAGCGCUGAGAUGCUGCGGCUCUUUGUGGUGGAGGCGUUACGUCGCGCGCAGAUGGAGGCCAUGGUAGACGACAGUGAGCAGGUCGAGCCACAGCACGUGGAGCAGAUCCUGGCACAGCUUCUGCUGGAUUUCUAGGCACGAGCUGCAGGUUUUGACCGUCCAAGUGGACGAAACUGCGUCAUGAUGGUCGAAAGGUGGGCCUGUUGGCGAUGGAACAACGAGUCGGCUAGGAAGAUGCUAUGGUGAAGACGCUCGGGGUCCAGAGACGUUCCAGACGCGUCUGAAACUGCUGCAAGUUUCGCUAACGAAUGAUGAAGCUGCUGAAGUCGCAUGAGGCGCUGAAAAGCAAUGGAAGGAUGUAUGUUAGCUGGACUGGAGAGCAGAAAGGAAAGCAGAGACGAAGAAAUUGUUUACCUGCUGGAGCAUGUCGUACAAGUAGUGAACGUUAGAAGAGAGUCCGGAGAUGGGGUCGUGUGCAAACUUUUCGUGGGCUGAUGCGUGUUUAAUGUAUGGCCGCACCGCUUCUUGGAAGCGAGUGCUCUCGUUGGCGUUGCGAAUUUUCUGCUGGAGUAUUGAGUCGACGAGAAACUGAUGAUAUAUGAUGGAAAGAAGUUAGUGUGGACUGCUGUACAUGCCCAUAUUACCAGCAAUAUCAUCUACCUGUGCAGCACCAAACCGUGCGCCGAGCACGUCGUUUUCAGCACUUUGAAGCAGCUUCUCGAGCUGCUCACUGGUUUGUGCAAUUUCUUCAUCGCACUAUUGCAGACUCAACAAUAAUUUGCGAAGCUCUUGUUCCCAUUUUCUCUUCGCUGCAGUCUAGGUGAAUGCGGUGUUAGGCAACAACAUUGAAAUAAGCCCAACUUUCUGUCGCGCCAACUCACCUUUCCGAGGUUAUCUGCUCGCUGCUGUCGCUCCAAUUGCUCUACCUCUCGGUCUUUUUCCUCAAUUGCGACCAGGAGCUUCUGGAGUUGAUGAGCGUGGCUUUCCUGCAACGAUAAUUGCGCUUGAUCGUGCUGGUUCGUUAGACGAUCCGUAGAUUCCUUAAUCUGCUGCUCGGUCUGUUUCUUCAGGUCCAUGGAAUAUCUCGAAAUCGUUGCAACCUCUUUCCACUUUCUCAAUGCUCGUCCAGUGAGUUUUAAAGUGCCAUGAACAAGCACUCUCAGCAAUAUCAACUGCUGCUUUUUGUGUCGGUCUGCUGUCAUUUUCCACUUCUGCAAUACCUGAGCAAGCAGUGGUUUUAAGAUUCUUUGAUUGUAGUGGCGCUCCGACAUUCGUUCGAGAUGAGCAUCGAGCUUAAGGUGUUCAACACGUUGGAUGUCACCCAAUUGGUUGCGAGUGGAGCAACGCUGGGCGAAUUGUUGCCACCGUCGAAAUGUACUGUGGUUCUGUACUACUGCUUUCUUGACAAUCAGUCCGCGUAACAGCGUUGAUCGCUGUCUUAUCGAUAAGCAGUGAAGACGGAUAGCUGCCCAGCAUUUCCGAGUGAGUCGAUAGUUGCUUCGCUGCUGAAAUGCCUCUAGCCGGCAAACUAUCACUUGGUUACUCAAACUUGCGAAAUCUCGCCAGCGAAUAAAAUACUGGUCACGACGCAGUUUUCCGAGUGCUUUUCGUACUUCGCCAAGCUGUCGAGCUUUACGCUCGCGGUUUUGAUUCUGUAUUCGAAGACCUCGUAUCCACCGCACAAAAACUUCACUCAUGAUUUCGUUCUUCUUGCGUCGAAUCGUCUGGUUAAUGAGUUUCUCCUGGAGUGCAGUUUUCGCAGCUUUUUGUCGUGCUGUAUUAAUCGGACGUGAGUGCGAGCGAGUGAGAUCGUUAAAGCCUAGUUCCAUCGCCUUGGAAAAGAAGCUGUGCACUUUCGGCGGGCUGUACGAUUGGCUUGGACUGUCAGGGAAUUGUUGCGACGGAGUAGUCUCAGAUGCCGGCAUACUUCUAAGCGAGUGUUCAAGCUGUUCUCUUUCCGCUCCAC